AUGAACUCCAACAAGCUUCAAAGGUUGCAUUGCACCGUGAAGAACUAUGAAUGGGGUCGACCGUGCCAUGAGUCCCUCGUUGCAAGACUCUAUGCAUUGAAUUGUGGGUCUCAUAUGGUUGAUGAAGAUGAGCCUUAUGCUGAGUUUUGGAUGGGAACACAUGUGUCUGCACCCUCAUUCCUUGUCUUGGAUGGCUCAGAACAAAGAGUUACUCUUAAGUCUUGGCUUCUGGAGAAUCCUAACUUGCUUGGACAAAAGGUCCUUCAGAAGUGGGGGGUUGAUCUCCCUUUCUUGUUUAAGGUGCUAUCAGUGGACAAGGCCUUGUCUAUACAAGCUCACCCUGAUAAAAAGCUGGCCAAAGCCUUGCAUAAACUGCACCCAAAUGUUUAUAAAGAUGGCAAUCACAAACCCGAGAUGGCUCUUGCUGUCACACAAUUUGAGGCUUUAUGCGGCUUUGUCACUCUUAAGGAGCUCAAGGUGGUGCUUACAAUUCCUGAGGUUAUGGAACUUGUUGGUGCUGAAAAUGUUAACUUGAUGUUACAAAUCACUGAUCAGGGUGGUGAAGAGAAGGUUAAACCUCUUUUGCAGACUCUAUUCACUGAUCUCAUCUCAGCAAGUAAGGAGAGAGUAAUUGGUGCAGUAAACAGAUUGAGAAGUCGUCUGCAAAAGGAAAGUCAGUUAAGGGAGUUAACAGAUAAGGAGCAAUUGGUACUGCGGUUGGAAAAACAGUAUCCAUUUGAUGUUGGUGUCAUAGCAGCUUUCUUUCUUAACCAUGUAAGACUCACUCCAGGUGAAGCCUUGUUCCUUUGUGCAAAUGAACCACAUGCAUAUAUUUGUGGUGACUGCAUUGAAUGCAUGGCAACUUCGGAUAAUGUUGUGAGAGCUGGCCUCACUCCUAAACAAAGAGAUGUACAAACUCUUUGUUCAAUGCUCACAUACAAACAGGGUUCUCCUGAGAUUCUGCAUGGAGUUCCUAUAAAUCCAUAUGUAAAUAGAUACAUUCCACCAUUUGAGGAAUUUGAGAUUGAUUGGUGUGUUCUUCCUCAAGGGGCAAAAGCAGUGUUCCCAGCAGUUCCAGGUCCUUCCAUCUAUUUGGUCACACAAGGGGAAGGAAUGAUGAAUACAGAAUCACCAAAAAGAUAUCCAAUCAUUGAAGGGAAUGUUCUCUUUGUGGCAGCCAACACUGAGAUUACUGUUAAUAGUACAUUUGCAUCUGAGUUGCAUUUGUAUAGGACAGGGGUUAACAGCAGAUUCUUCCAAGCUUCCUAA